AUGUCGAACACAGGACAAGACGGAGCUCCCACCGGGCACGCUGACAAUGCGCCCUUGGUAGGACCUAGCGUUAAGCCCAGGUCGGCCUCAAGAAUGAGCACGGCCCGCGAAGUCCCCCUAGAGUCAACGCCAAAGGCGUCCAGAAAGGCUACGAAAGGCAAAAGCUCAGCGUAUACAACGGAGAGCAAAACUAGCUGGCCAAGUUCCAGGGCGUCAGGAGCAUCGUCAGUGGAACAAGGGGGAGGAUACAGCGUCAAAGACGACGGCGAUGAAGCGUCGGGGGAUGAGGGAACAUACAAUAGAGAGGAAGAAAUAGGCGAAACCUACAUGGAAGCAGACACUGCAAUGAUUAGUGCAUUGCCGGAAGAAACAGUAACAAGGGGUAUACCUAAGUCAGCAAUACUGUCCCCAAUUAGUAGAAGACCACAAUACCAAAUACAAAGUGUACCAACGGUACUAGAACCUCCCGCAGAGAUCAAAAGACCUGCUUCAGCACCGAUAAACCCACAUCGGCAAACCCCAGUAAAUAAACCCGUUGAAAUAGAACAGAGCAGACAGGGCAUAAACAGCCCGAGUGCCGAAGCAAAUGCUAGACAGAAAAACCGCUGGCAGAUAGGGAAUAUAGUAACAAGGGACAAUACAGUACCCUUAAUAAUAAGGACACCGCCUGGCCCCAGUAAAGGGAAGCAAGCAAUAAGGAACACAAGCGGAAGAAAGGAAAAGAAAGAGGAAAGCCUACCUCGUAGACAACUAGACCCUAGGGAACAAACGCGCCUAGACUAUAAACUAAUAGACGCGAUUGGAAAGGACAGAGAGCAAUUAGCCGCUUUACUGGACUAUGAGGAAUCGAUGGGAAAUGGAGGGCGCGAGGCCCGAAUAUUAUUCGCAAAUACAAACCCAGAAGUGACAAUACAAGCAAAAGAGAAAGGAAAAGAACCCACAACUCCUAAGAACAAGAGUCGCGUGCAAGCCACAUUAGGACUACCCAUGAGCCAGCUGGAGGGCGAGCGCAAGUACACGCAUACACCAGCUCCAAACACAGUAACGGCAAAGAACAGGGGACUUCCUACUGAAUUGGUAGCGGCCAACGGGAACCCCAGCGAUUCAAGCAAAUCAAGUAGCAGCUCAGACAGCAACAAUGACUUCAAUAACAUGAGUCCGCAUAAACUCGCUAAAUACAUUAAGAAAUUAAAGAAGAAGAAUAAAGAAAGAAAAGAAAAGGAAAAGCUGAGGAAACUACAACUCAGCGGGUUUAAGACAAAGUUACCUACCGCAUACAACGGGUCGAACGACUUCAAUACAUUUGAACAAUUUGUUUACGAAGUAGAAACAUGGCAGGAGGACACAGGAUUUGAGGACUACAAAGCCGUAAGGCACGUAAAAAGCUUCCUCAAAGAUAAAGCGGCAAGCUACUAUAUGCUACAUGUAGCCCCCAAUGUCACUCAAUAUACACUGACCCUGGUAUUCCAAGGGCUAUUCGAUUAUUGCUUCCCGCCAGACAGUCAAGCAAGAAUACGCCGCAAGUUUAACAAUAUGACACAGUCAGACCGGGGGUUUAGAGAUUUCUACCGCAAAUUAUGUAAAAUACAAAGAAGACUAGCGGACAUAAACAAUAAAUCAAUCGCUGUCCGAAUGUGGGAAGGAGCCCACAGCUACAUACGCAUAGAAUGGGCAAAGAAUGGAUAUUCAGCGGAACACAACUUGCCGGAGGAAUUAGAAGAAUCGGCAAUUAGAUUUGAAACCGCCGAAAAAAUUCGCCGAACGGAAGAGAACCAAACAAAUGAUUGCCGAGACCAAUCGACAUACAAAGGCAAGCGCCCUGAUUACCGUAAGCCUAGGGAAGGCAAAAGGAACGGUAACACGCCCAGGCAAGAUAAGCCGCACGUCAGUACCAAUAAGUCUCCAAGAAAGGAGAAGGUACCUAGGCUCUCGCCAGAAAAGUUUGCAGAAUAUCAUGCAGCGGGAAAGUGCACAUUCUGCCAUGAGAUUGGACAUAUAGCCAAGGACUGCCCAAAGCGAAACUUUGCUAAACCUAAGGGUAUAAGCACGUUGGCUGUAAGCUUUGCUCGCAUACAUGAACUAGAAACAGCAACAAGGGAGUCUAAAUCGAUAUACGCGAUAUCUCUUGAUGGGGGACAGCAACAAAAUCGUAUGUGA